AUGACUCAUUGUCAUCAAUAUGAUAAACCUUUCUUUGGCUGUCUAGUAGAUAAUUAGGUGCUUGACUGCGUCCCAAAUGGCACCCUAUUAGGGCAGCAAGCCCCGGGCCUAUAGCGGUGCAGUAGACAGGGACACGUGUAGUGCCCCAUAUAGGGAAUAGGGUAUCGUUUGGGACGCACCCACUGAGGCGCUUAUCUCUUCCCCCAAGGCCGGAGGAGCCUGGCAGGUUCAGUCCAGAGUUUGUCUGCCGUGACGCUGGACCAGAAAGAGGACAGUGGAAAGUCUACGGACCACCCAGACUUCCCUCCUCAACUAGUCACCCGUCGGAGAGACAGACCGGACAAGAUGGAGUCCUCCAGCAACGGAUACCAGAGACCAGGAUCAGUGUAAUGGACAGGACACUACUAGAACACACACACAAUAUCAACAACCCUUAAAACACUCUGCAAGACACAUCUUACUGUGUGUGUGAGAGAGUGAGUGUAUGAGUGUGUGUGUAUGAUGUGUGGUGUGUGUGUGUGUGUGUAUGAGUGUGUAUGAGUGUUGUGUGUGUGUUGUGUGUGUGUGUGUGAUGUGUGUGUAUGAGUGGUGAGUAUGAGUGUGGUGUGUGUGUGUUGUGUGUGUGUGUGUUGUGUGUGAGUGUGUUUGUGUGAGUUAGUGUUUAAUGUGUAUGAGUGGUAUUAUUGUUGUGUUUGUGUGUAUUUGUGUGGUUUGUAUUUUUCUGUAGUGUGUAUGUAGUGUGUGUUGUGUUGUGUGUGUUGUGUGUGUUCUGUUUGUGUUUGUUUAGUUUGUUUGUGUGUGUUUGUUUGUGUUGUUUGUGUGUUUUGUGUUUGUGUUUGUGUUGUGUUUUUUUUUUUUGUGUGUGUGUUGUGUUGUUUCUGUUUUACGUGUGUAUGAGUGUGUUGUGUGUUUGUUUGUUGUGCGUGUGUGUGUGUUGAGUGUGUGUGUAUGUGUAUGUGUAUAGUGUGUAUGAGUGUUGUGUGUUUGUGUGUGUGUGUGUUGUGUGCGUGUGUGUGUGUGUGUGUGUAUGAGUUGUGUGUGUGUGUGUGUGUGUGUGUGUGUGUUGUGUUGUGUUGCGUGUUGUGUGUUUAGUGUGUGAGUGUUGUGUGUGUGUGUGUGUGUGUGUGUGUGUGUGUGUGUGUGUGUGUGUGAGUGCUGUGAGAUUAAUGUAUUUUUCCUAUCGGUGGGAGAGUCAGUCUGCUUUAAUUACGUUCUGGGUUGAUGUGACCCAGCAUCUCCCUCUCUCUCCCCCUCUCUCUCUCUCGUCUCUCUGUCUCUCCUCCUCUCUCCCUCCUCUCUUCUCCCUCUCUCUCUCUCUUCUUGUGUCUCUCUCUCUCUGUCUCUCUCUCUCUCUCUCUCUCUCUCUCUCUCUCUCUCUCUCUCUCUCUCUCUCUCUCUCUCUCUCUCUCUCUCUCUCGGGGCAAUUCGAUUGUUUGACAUGUCAUGGAAGGAAAAGCCAAUGACAUGGCUCCUCAAGUACUGAAGUGCCUUCCUGCCUGUGUUGUGGAGUACAGAGGAUCAGACUAUUAUUUGGCUUGUCCCAAAUGACACCCUAUUCCCUACAUAGCGUACUAUUUUUGACGAGGGCCCCUAUCGCCCAAAACACACACAAACACACACAGGGAAGGACAAAGGGAAGGACACAGGGAGGGACACAGGGAAGGACACAGGGAGGGACACAGGGAAGGACACAGGGAGACACAGGGAGGGACACAUGGAGGGACACAGGGAAGAACAUGGGAGGGACACAGGGAAGGACACAGGGAGACACAGGGAGGGACACAGGGAGGGACACAGGGAGGGACAAAGCGAGGGACAAAGGGUAGGACACAGGGAAGGACACAGGGAGGGACACAGGGAAGGACACAGGGAAGGACACAUGGAGUGACACAGGGAGGGACACAGGGAAGGACACAUGGAGGGACACAGGGAGGGACACAGGGAAGGACACAGGGAGGGACACAGGGAGGGACACAGGGAGGGACACAGGGAAGGACACAGGGAGGGACACAGGGAGGGACAAAGCAAGGGACAAAGGGAAGGACACAGGGAGGGACACAGGGAGGGACACAGGGAGGGACACAGGGAAGGACACAGGGAGGGACACAGGGAGGGACAAAGCAAGGGACAAAGGGAAGGACACAGGGAAGGACACAGGGAGGGACACAGGGAAGGACACAGGGAGGGACACAGGGAGGGACACAGGGAGGGACACAGGGAGGGACACAUGGAGGGACACAGGGAAGGACACAUGGAGGGACACAGGGAGUGACACAGGGAGGGACACAGUGAGGGACACAGUGAGGGACACAGGGAGGGACACAGGGAGGGACACAGGGAAGGACACAGGGAGAGACACAGGGAGGGACACAGGGAGGGACACAGGGAGGGACAAAGCAAGGGACAAAGGGAAGGACACAGGGAAGGACACAGGGAGGGACAAAGGGAAGGACACAGGGAAGGACACAGGGAAGGACACAGGGAGGGACACAGGGAGGGACACAUGGAGGGACACAGGGAAGGACACAGGGAAGGACACAUGGAGGGACACAGGGAGUGACACAGGGAGGGACACAGGGAGGGACACAGGGAAGGACACAGGGAGGGACACAGGGAGGGACACAGGAAAGGACACAGGGAAGGACACAGGGAGGGAGACAAGGAGGGACACAUGGAAGGACACAGGGAAGGACACAGGGAAGGACACAGGGAGGGACACAGGGAGGGACACAUGGAGGGACACAGGGAAGGACACAGGGAAGGACACAUGGAGGGACACAGGGAGUGACACAGGGAGGGACACAGGGAGGGACACAGGGAAGGACACAUGGAGGGACACAGGGAGGGACACAGGAAAGGACACAGGGAAGGACACAGGGAGGGAGACAAGGAGGGACACAGGGAGGGACACAGGGAGGGACACAUGGAGGGACACAGGGAAGGACACAGGGAAGGACACAUGGAGGGACACAGGGAGGGACACAGGGAGGGACACAGGGAGGGACACAGGGAAGGACACAUGGAGGGACACAGGGAAGGACACAGGGAAGGACACAGGGAAGGACACAUGGAGGGACACAGGGAGUGACACAGGGAGGGACACAGGGAGGGACACAGGGAAGGACACAUGGAGGGACACAGGGAGGGACACAGGAAAGGACACAGGGAAGGACACAGGGAGGGAGACAAGGAGGGACACAUGGAGGGACACAGGGAGGGACACAGGGAGGGACACAGGGAGGGACACAGGGAAGGACACAUGGAGGGACACAGGGAGGGACACAGGGAGGGACACAGGGAGGGACACAGGGAAGGACACAUGGAGGGACACAGGGAGGGACACAGGAAAGGACACAGGGAAGGACACAGGGAGGGAGACAAGGAGGGACACAUGGAAGGACACAGGGAAGGACACAGGGAAUGACACAGGGAGGGACACAGGGAGGGACACAUGGAGGGACACAGGGAAGGACACAGGGAAGGACACAUGGAGGGACACAGGGAGUGACACAGGGAGGGACACAGGGAGGGACACAGGGAAGGACACAUGGAGGGACACAGGGAGGGACACAGGAAAGGACACAGGGAAGGACACAGGGAGGGAGACAAGGAGGGACACAGGGAGGGACACAGGGAGGGACACAUGGAGGGACACAGGGAAGGACACAGGGAAGGACACAUGGAGGGACACAGGGAGGGACACAGGGAGGGACACAGGGAGGGACACAGGGAAGGACACAUGGAGGGACACAGGAGGGACACAGGGAAGGACACAGGGAAGGACACAGGGAAGGACACAUGGAGGGACACAGGGAGUGACACAGGGAGGGACACAGGGAGGGACACAGGGAAGGACACAUGGAGGGACACAGGGAGGGACACAGGAAAGGACACAGGGAAGGACACAGGGAGGGAGACAAGGAGGGACACAUGGAGGGACACAGGGAGGGACACAGGGAGGGACACAGGGAAGGACACAUGGAGGGACACAGGGAGGGACACAGGAAAGGACACAUGGAGACACAGGGAGGGACACAGGGAAGUGUUCAGCAGUCUGAUGGUUCUGAGCCUGUUGGUAUCAGACCUCAUGCUCCAAUACAGUCUGAUGGCUUGUAGAUAGAAACUGUCUCUGAGCCUGUUGGUAUCAGACCUCAUGCUCCGAUACAGUCUGAUGGCUUGUAGAUAGAAAACUGUCUCUGAGCCUGUUGGUAUCAGACCUCAUGCUCCGAUACUGUCUGAUGGCUUGUAGAUAGAAACUGUCUCUGAGCCUGUUGGUAUCAGACCUCAUGCUCCGAUACAGUCUGAUGGCUUGUAGAUAGAAACUGUCUCUGAGCCUGUUGGUAUCAGACCUCAUGCUCCGAUACAGUCUGAUGGCUUGUAGAUAGAAACUGUCUCUGAGCCUGUUGGUAUCAGACCUCAUGCUCCAAUACAGUCUGAUGGCUUGUAGAUAGAAACUGUCUCUGAGCCUGUUGGUAUCAGACCUCAUGCUCCGAUACAGUCUGAUGGCUUGUAGAUAGAAACUGUCUCUGAGCCUGUUGGUAUCAGACCUCAUGCUCCAAUACAGUCUGAUGGCUUGUAGAUAGAAACUGUCUCUGAGCCUGUUGGUAUCAGACCUCAUGCUCCAAUACAGUCUGAUGGCUUGUAGAUAGAAACUGUCUCUGAGCCUGUUGGUAUCAGACCUCAUGCUCCGAUACAGUCUGAUGGCUUGUAGAUAGAAACUGUCUCUGAGCCUGUUGGUAUCAGACCUCAUGCUCCGAUACUGUCUGUCUGACGGUAAGGGGGAGAACAGCUCAUGGCUGGGGUGGUUGGGGUCCUUGAUGAUGCUUUGGGCUUUCCUCAGGCACCUCCUAAGGACCUCCCCUCCUGUGUCUUCAGUUGUCCUGUAGGGUAAGGCCUCCCCUCCUGUGUCUUCAGUUGUCCUGUAGGGUAAGGGCCUCCCCUCCUGUGUCUUCAGUUGUCCUGUAGGGUAAGGCCUCCUCCCCUGUGUCUUCAGUGGGUCAAGAGCUGUUUCUGCACCUUGGAGACGGAAUGGGAGGGGAGGGGAGGGAAGGGAAGGGAAGGGAAGGGAAGGGGAGGGGAGGGAAGGGGAGGGGAGGGAAGGAAGCCUCCCCUAUUGUGUAUCUUAUUGUGUAUCUGAAGCGUUUCGCUGUGACUUCACCCUUAACAAUGAGGGACGCUGGGUGCUCUGAGUGAAAGUGCACUUACCCCUGUGUGCAGGGUCAUUCUGUUAGCCUCAAAAUAACAAAAGGUGGCCUUUUGAAUAUAUGUAAUCCAUUAGUAUGAGAUUUCAGGCCAUUGGUAUAUAGAUUUUUUUGAUAAUAGGCAAAUGCAACUGAAUUGUUCCUGUUUGUGUUUCAGGGUCGCUGCAAGAGCCAUGCUGUUUGAAAACUCCCCCUCAGCGGCGCAGACCACACCUGUUGGAAGGUACAAUGUCCCAAUGUCCCAAUGUCCCAAUGUCCCAAUGUCCCAAUGUCCCAAUGUCCCAAUGUCCCAAUGUCCCAAUAUCCCAAUAUCUAUGUUAUCCCAAAUGUCUGACCUGCUCAAUAUACGGCCUACUCUCUACUAUUAUUCACCUGUUAUUCACCCAUUAGUCACCUGUUAUUCACCUGUUAUUCACCUGUUAUUCACCUGUUAUUCACCCAUUAGUCACCUGUUAUUCACCCAUUAGUCACCUGUUAUUCACCUGUUAUUCACCUGUUAUUCACCCAUUAGUCACCUGUUAUUCACCUGUUAGUCACCUGUUAUUCACCUGUUAUUCACCCACUAGUCACCUGUUAUUCACCUGUUAUUCACCUUUUAUUCACCUGUUAUUCACCCAUUAGUCACCUGUUAUUCACCCAUUAGUCACCUGUUAUUCACCUGUUAUUCACCUGUUAGUCACCUGUUAGUCACCUGUUAUUCACCUGUUAUUCACCUGUUAUUCACCUGUUCUUCACCUGUUAGUCACCUGUUAUUCACCUGUUAGUCACCUGUUAUUCACCUGUUAUUCACCCAUUAGUCACAUGUUAUUCACCCAUUAGUCACCUGCUAUUCACCCAUUAGUCAUCUGUUAUUCACCUGUUAUUCACCUGUUAUUCACCCAUUAGUCACCUGUUAUUCACCUGUUAUUCACCUGUUAUUCACCCAUUAGUCACCUGUUAUUCACCCAUUAGGCACCUGUUAUUCACCUGUUAUUCACCUGUUAUUGACCCAUUAGUCACCUGUUAUUCACCCAUUAGUCACCUGUUAUUCACCCAUUAGUCACCUGUUAUUCACCUGUUAUUCACCUGUUAUUCACCUGUUAUUCACCUGUUAUUCACCAUUAGUCACCUGUUAUUCACCCAUUAGUCACCUGUUAUUCACCUGUUAGUCACCUGUUAUUCACAUGUUAGUCACCUGUUAUUCACCUGUUAGUCACCUGUUAUUCACCUGUUAGUCACCUGUUAGUCACUCAUUAGUCACCUGUUAUUCACCCAUUAGUCACCUGUUAUUCACCUGAUAUUCACCUGUUAGUCACCUGUUAUUCACAUGUUAGUCACCUGUUAUUCACCUGUUAGUCACCUGUUAUUCACCUGUUAGUCACCUGUUAGUCACUCAUUAGUCACCUGUUAUUCACCCAUUAAUCACCUGUUAUUCACCCAUUAGUCAACUGUUAGUCACCUGCUAUUCACCCAUUAGUCAUCUGCUAUUCACCUGUUAUUCACCUGUUAUUCACCCAUUAGUCACCCAUUAGUCACCUGUUAUUCACCUGUUAUUCACCUGUUAUUCACCCAUUAGUCACCUGUUAUUCACCUGUUAUUCACCUGUUAUUCACCUGUUAUUCACCCAUUAGUCACCUGUUAUUCACCCAUUAGUCACCUGUUAUUCACCUGUUAUUCACCUGUUAUUCACCCAUUAGUCACCUGUUAUUCACCUGUUAGUCACCUGUUAUUCACCUGUUAUUCACCCACUAGUCACCUGUUAUUCACCUGUUAUUCACCUUUUAUUCACCUGUUAUUCACCCAUUAGUCACCUGUUAUUCACCCAUUAGUCACCUGUUAUUCACCUGUUAUUCACCUGUUAGUCACCUGUUAGUCACCUGUUAUUCACCUGUUAUUCACCUGUUAUUCACCUGUUCUUCACCUGUUAUUCACCUGUUAGUCACCUGUUAUUCACCUGUUAUUCACCCAUUAGUCACAUGUUAUUCACCCAUUAGUCACCUGCUAUUCACCCAUUAGUCAUCUGUUAUUCACCUGUUAUUCACCUGUUAUUCACCUGUUAUUCACCCAUUAGUCACCUGUUAUUCACCUGUUAUUCACCUGUUAUUCACCCAUUAGUCACCUGUUAUUCACCCAUUAGGCACCUGUUAUUCACCUGUUAUUCACCUGUUAUUGACCCAUUAGUCACCUGUUAUUCACCCAUUAGUCACCUGUUAUUCACCCAUUAGUCACCUGUUAUUCACCUGUUAUUCACCUGUUAUUCACCUGUUAUUCAUCAUUAGUCACCUGUUAUUCACCCAUUAGUCACCUGUUAUUCACCUGUUAGUCACCUGUUAUUCACAUGUUAGUCACCUGUUAUUCACCUGUUAGUCACCUGUUAUUCACCUGUUAGUCACCUGUUAGUCACUCAUUAGUCACCUGUUAUUCACCCAUUAGUCACCUGUUAUUCACCUGAUAUUCACCUGUUAGUCACCUGUUAUUCACAUGUUAGUCACCUGUUAUUCACCUGUUAGUCACCUGUUAUUCACCUGUUAGUCACCUGUUAGUCACUCAUUAGUCACCUGUUAUUCACCCAUUAAUCACCUGUUAUUCACCCAUUAGUCAACUGUUAGUCACCUGCUAUUCACCCAUUAGUCAUCUGCUAUUCACCUGUUAUUCACCUGUUAUUCACCCAUUAGUCACCCAUUAGUCACCUGUUAUUCACCUGUUAUUCACCUGUUAUUCACCCAUUAGUCACCUGUUAUUCACCCAUUAGUCAACUGUUAGUCACCUGUUAUUCACCUGUUAUUCACCUGUUAUUCAUCCAUUAGUCACCUGUUAUUCACCCAUUAGUCAACUGUUAUUCACCUGUUAUUCACGUGUAAUUCACCCAUUAGUCAACAGUUAUUCACCUGUUAUUCACCAUUAGUCACCUGUUAUUCACCUGUUAUUCACCCAUUAGUCACCUGUUAUUCACCCAUUAGUCAACAGUUAGUCACCUGUAUUCACCCAUUAGUCACCUGUUAGUCACCCAUUAGUCACCGGUUAGUCACCUGUUAUUCACCCAUUAGUCACCUGUCAUUCACCAUUAGUCACCUGUUGUUCACCUGUUAUUCACCUGUUAGUCACCUGUUAUUCAUAUGUUAGUCACCUGUUAUUCACCUGUUAGUCACCUGUUAUUCACCUGUUAGUCACCUGUUAGUCACUAAUUAGUCACCUGUUAUUCACCCAUUAAUCACCUGUUAUUCACCCAUUAGUCAACUGUUAGUCACCUGCUAUUCACCCAUUAGUCAUCUGUUAUUCACCUGUUAUUCACCUGUUAUUCACCCAUUAGUCACCCAUUAGUCACCUGUUAUUCACCUGUUAUUCACCUGUUAUUCACCCAUUAGUCACCUGUUAUUCACCCAUUAGUCAACUGUUAGUCACCUGUUAUUCACCUGUUAUUCAUCCAUUAGUCACCUGUUAUUCACCCAUUAGUCACCUGUAAUUCACCUGUUAUUCACCUGUUAUUCACCUGUAAUUCACCCAUUAGUCACCCAUUAGUCAACGGUUAUUCACCUGUUAUUCACCAUUAGUCACCUGUUAUUCACCUGUUAUUCACCCAUUAGUCACCUGUUAUUCACCCAUUAGUCAACAGUUAGUCACCUGUUAUUCACCCAUUAGUCACCUGUUAGUCACCCAUUAGUCACCUGUUAGUCACCUGUUAUUCACCCAUUAGUCACCUGUUAUUCACCCAUUAGUCACCUGUUAUUCACCUGUUAUUCACCUGUUAUUCACAUGUUAUUCACAUGUUAGUCACCUGUUAGUCACCUGUCAUUGUCUCCUGGGUGUUUCAUUUAUCAUCUGUCUGUCUUUAUCUCUCAGUCCAUCCAUAUCCAUAAAGACACCAAGGUCAUAGAUAUACAGGAUGUCUGUUGACUUUGUAAUGUCUUCUGUGUCUCCUGUGUUGGUUCCAGAGACGCCAAGGCCAUGUACUCCUGUGAGGCAGAACACAGCCAUGAGCUCAGCUUCCCACAGGGGGCGCUCUUCUCAAAAGGUGAGUCACUCACUCAGUUAACACACACACACACACAGACAGCUAAUGGGGUGUGUCUACUGUUAAACAGAAUGGGGUCCGUCUGUACUGUAGGCUAUCUGUUCCUGUGUACAGCAGAUAUGCCUCAGCUAUGUAUUUUACCCAGGUCUGGUCAAUAGAAGGAACCAUAUCUAGGCUGUCUGUACCUGCAGACAGACAGGGUCCACCCCAACUUGGCAGGCCUCAGUAAUAACUUGACCGUUUACCAGCGUUUUGUGUACAGACAGUGGAAGCAUAACAACACUGCUUUUAGCAUGACACUCUCACAUCCUCUCUCUAAACACCCAGAGAGCCAGCCUAGCCUCAGAGGGAUGUGAUUACCCAUCCUCUCUCUAAACACCCAGAGAGCCAGCCUACCCUCAGAGGGAUGUUAUUACCUCUCGCCAUGUGUUUGGCUCAGUCCCAGGGCAACAGCCUUACAGCAGGUCACAGUAACCUCGUAGUGAUGGAAGGCAGUGGAGCAGCUUAG